UCCUGUCCCACCUACGGCCGCCUUGGAAGCUCAGGGGCGGGGCCUGAGGACGCCCCGCCCCGCGCCGGGGGUGGGGGAGGAGGAGGGGCAGGCGCUGGGUCUGCAGUGCAGCGCGAAUGCGCGAGCAGGCGGCCAAGGCCCCGAGGUGCGGCCUGCCCCAGAGCGCUGAGCGGCUGUUGCACCGCAGACGGGCCACAGCCGCCGCGGCAUCCAGCCCCGGCCCGCACCAUGAAGUCCGCGGGCCCCUCCUGAGCUGCGGCUGCCGGCGCAAGGGGCCUCGGGGAACCGGGGCCAUGCGCGGGCUGCGCUGACGAUGCCGCCCGGCGCGCCCGCUCGCCUGGCGCUGGCCCUAGGCCUGGGCCUGUGGCUCGGAGCGCUGGCUGGAGACCCUGGGCGCGGCUGCGGGCCUUGCCCGCUCCCCUGCUUCUGCGGCCCGGCGCCCGACGCCGCCUGCCGCGUCAAUUGCUCGGGUCGCUGGCUGCAGACGCUAGGGCCGAGUCUGCGCAUCCCGGCUGACGCCACCGCGCUAGACCUGUCCCACAACCUACUUCAGACGCUGGAUAUCGGGCUCCUGGUGAACCUUUCGGCACUGGUGGAGCUGGACUUAAGCAACAAUAGGAUUUCUACAUUAGAAGAAGGCGUGUUUGCUAAUUUAUUUAAUUUAAGUGAAAUAAACCUGAGUGGGAACCCAUUUGAGUGCAACUGUGGUCUGGCGUGGCUGCCACGCUGGGCAAAGGAACAUCAGGUGCAUGUGGUACAGUCUGAGGCAACCACGUGCAGGGGGCCCAUUCCACUGGCCGGCCAACCUCUUCUCAGUAUCCCCUUAUUGGACAGUGCCUGUGAUGAGGAAUAUGUUGCCUGCCUCCCUGACAACAGCUCAGGUGCUGUGGCAGCAGUGCCCUUCUUCUUUGCCCACGAGGGACCACUGGAGACUGAGGCCUGCAGUGCCUUCUGCUUCUCAGCUGGUGAGGGCCUUGCAGCCCUCUCAGAACAGAAUCAAUGCCUCUGUGGGACAGGCCAGCCCUCUAACUCUUCUGCAGCCUGCUCAUCCUGGUGUUCCAGCAUCUCACCGUCCCUCAGUUCUGCCUGUGGGGGCCCCACCAUGCUCCAGCACACCUUUCCUGCCUCCCCAGGGGCUGCCCUGGUGGGCCCCCAUGGACCCCUGGCCUCUGGCCAGCCAGCAGACUUCCAUAUUACUUCCUCCCUGCCUAUUAGCUCAACACGCUGGAACUUUGGAGAUGGCUCUCUUGAGGUGGACAUGGCUGGCCCUGCUGCCACCCACUCCUAUGUGCUACCUGGGGGCUAUCACGUGACAGUUGUGUUGGCUUUGGGGGCUGGCUCAGCUCUGCUGGAGACAGAGGUGCAAGUAGAAGUGGCACCUACUGUCCUGGAGCUUGUGUGCCCAUCCUUUGUGCACAGUAACGAGAGCCUUGAACUUGGCAUACGGAAUCGUGGAGGCUCUGCCCUAGAGGUUACUUAUAGCAUCCUGGCCUUGGAUAAAGAGCCUGCCCAAGUGGUCCACCCACUCUGCCCCUCGGGCACAGAGAUCUUCCCUGGCAAUGGUCACUGCUACCGCCUGGUGGCAGAGAAGGCACCCUGGCUGCAAGCUCAGGAGCACUGUCAGACCUGGGCUGGAGCUGCCUUGGCUAUGGUGGACAGUCCUGCCAUCCAGCACUUCCUAGUCUCCAAGGUUACCAGGAGCCUGGAUGUGUGGAUCGGCUUCUCAUCUGUGGAGGGGACAGAAGAAGGCCUGGAUCCCCAAGGUGAGGCCUUUAGCCUGGAAAGCUGCCAGAACUGGCUGCCUGGGGAGCCACACCCAGCCACAGCGGAGCAUUGUGUGCGGUUGGGGCCCGCUGGGCAGUGCAACACAGACCUGUGUUCAGCACCACAUAGUUACGUCUGUGAGCUGCGGCCUGGAGGGCCUGUGCGGGAUGCUGAGAACUUUCUUGUGGGAGUGUCUGGUGGAGGCCUGUCUGGACCUCUGCACCCACUGGCACGGCAGGAAACUGUCCAGGGCCCCCUGCGGCCCGUAGAGGUCAUGGUGUUCCCUGGCCUGAGCCCUAGCCGUGAAGCCUUUCUCACUGCAGCAGAGUUUGAGACUCAGGAGCUUGAUGAGCCUGUCCAGCUGCGUCUGCAGGUGUACCGGCCUUCAAGAGAAGCAGCAGUGGCCCUAGAAGGCAGCAGUGAGCCUGACAACAAGACUGAGCCGGCACCCAAGUGUGUGCCUGAGGAACUCUGGUGUCCAGGAGCCAAUGUCUGCCUACCUUUUGAUGCUUCGUGUACUUCUCAUGUCUGCAUCAAUGGGUCCGUGUCAAGGCUGGGACUCCCUAGGGCCAGUUACACACUAUGGAAGGAGUUCUUUUUUUCUGUGCCUGCAGGGCCUCCCACACAGUACUUGGUCACCCUCCACAGCCAGGAUGUUCCUAUGCUCCCUGGUGACCUCAUUGGUUUACAGCAUGAUGCUGGCCCAGGUACCCUUCUACACUGUCCCCUGGCUUCCAGCUGUCCUGGCCAAGCCCUGUACCUUUCAACCAAUGCCUCAGAUUGGAUGACCAACCUGCCUAUCCAUCUGGAAGAAGCUUGGGCUGGCCCUGUCUGCUCCCUACAGCUGCUUUUGGUCACAGAGCAGCUUACCCCACUGCUGGGCCAUGGGCCUAACCCUGGAUUACAGCAUCCUGGGCACUAUGAGAUCUGGGCUACAGUGGGCAACAGCGUAUCCAGGCAAAAUCUGUCCUGCAGCUUCAGUGUGGUCUCUCCAGUAGCUGGGCUGAGAGUCAUUCACCCUGUUCCUCUUGAUGGCCAUAUCUAUGUGCCAACCAAUGGCUCAGUCUUGGUGCUUCAGGUAGAUUCUGGUGCUAAUGCCACCGCCACAGUUCAGUGGCUUGGGGGCAAUAUUAGUGCUCCCUUUGAGGAUGCCUGCCCUCCUGAGGUGGAUUUUCUCAAGCAAGAUUGCACUGAAGAGGCCAAUGGCACCCUGUUCUCAGUGUUGGUGUUGCCCAGGCUCAAGGAGGGGGAUCAUGCAGUGGAGAUUGUGGCACAGAAUGGAGCCAGCCAGGCCAACCUCAGCCUAAGGGUGACAGCUGAGGAGCCCAUCUAUGGCCUUCGUGCUGUGCCAAGCCCCGAGGCCCGAGUGCUACAGGGCAUCCUGGUGCGGUACAGCCCCAUGGUGGAGGCCGGCUCAGAUGUGGCCUUCCGGUGGACCAUUGAUGAUAAACAGUCCUUGACUUUUCACAACACUGUCUUCAAUGUAAUAUACCAGAGUGCUGCCGUCUUCAAGCUCUCGCUGACAGCCUCUAACCAUGUGAGCAACAUCACCGUGAACUACAAUGUCACUGUGGAGCGGAUGAACAAGAUGCAUGGGCUGUGGGUAUCUGCAGUGCCGGCUGUGUUGCCCCCCAAUGCCACAUUGGCACUGGCAGGUGGUGUGCUGGUGGAUUCAGCUGUGGAAGUGGCCUUCCUGUGGAACUUUGGGGAUGGGGAGCAGGUACUCCGCCAGUUCAAGCCUCCAUACGACGAGUCCUUCCAGGUUCCAGACCCCACAGUGGCCCAGGUGCUGGUGGAACACAAUACCACGCACAUUUACACUACCCCAGGUGAGUACAACCUGACCGUCCUUGUGUCCAAUACCUAUGAGAAUCUGACGCAGCAGGUGACAGUGAGUGUGCGCACUGUUCUCCCCAAUGUGGCUAUUGGCAUGAGCAGCAACGUCUUGGUGGCUGGCCGACCCAUCACCUUUUCCCCAUAUCCGCUGCCCUCAGCUGAUGGUGUCCUAUAUACGUGGGACUUUGGGGAUGGCUCACCUGUCCUAAUACAGAGCCAGCCAGUACUCAACCACACCUACAGCUUGACGGGCACUUACAGAAUCACCUUGGAGGUUAACAACACAGUGAGCAGCGUGGCAGCACAUGCAGACAUCCAUGUCUUCCAGGAGUUGAAUGGCCUGACUGUGUAUUUGAGCCCAUCUGUGGAGCAGGGAGCCCCCAUGGUAGUCAGUGCUUCUGUGGAGUCAGGUGACAACAUUACAUGGACAUUUGACAUGGGAGAUGGCACAGUGUUCACAGGCCCUGAGGCUACAGUACAACAUGUAUACCUGCGGGCCCAGAACUUCACAGUGACAGUAGGAGCAGCCAGCCCUGCUGGCCACUUGUCCCAGAGCCGGCAUGUGCAAGUGUUUGUCCUGGAGGUAUUACGCAUAGAGCCCUCUACCUGCAUCCCCACACAACCCAGUGCCCAGCUUAUGGCCCAUGUCACUGGGGACCCUGUUCAUUACCUCUUUGAUUGGACUUUUGGAGAUGGUUCCUCCAAUGUGACUGUCCAUGGGCAUCCAUCAGUGACACACAACUUCACUCGGAGUGGCAUAUUCCCACUGGCAUUGGUUUUGUCAAGCCAUGUGAACAAGGCACAUUAUUUUACCAGCAUCUGUGUGGAACCUGAGAUACGUAACAUCACCCUGCAGCCUGAGAGGCAGUUUGUGAAACUGGGGGAUGAAGCCUGGCUGGUUGCCUAUUCUUGGCCCCCGUUCCCGUACCGAUAUACCUGGGACUUUGGCACUGAAGACACUACCCACACCCAAACUGGGGGCUCUGAAGUGACGUUUAUCUACCAAGAACCAGGCUCCUACUUGGUGAUAGUCACUGUGUCCAACAACAUCUCUUCUACCAAUGACUCCGCUUAUGUGGAAGUACAGGAGCCAGUGUUAGUCACUGGCAUCAGGAUCAAUGGUUCCCGUGUGCUAGAGCUGCAGCAACCUUACCUGUUCUCAGCCAUGGGCAAUGGGAGCCCUGCCACCUACAUGUGGGAACUGGGAGAUGGCAGCCAGCAUGAGGGUCCUGAGGUCACCCAUAUCUACAGCAGCACUGGUGAUUUCAUUGUCAGGGUGUCUGGCUGGAAUGAAGUGAGCCAUAGUGAGGCCCAACUCAAUGUCACCGUAAAACAGCGUGUGCAGGGCCUCACCAUCAAUGCCAGCCGCACAGUGGUGCCCCUGAAUGGCAGUGUGAGCUUUAGCACCUCGUUGGAGGUGGGCAGUGAUGUGCAUUACUCCUGGGUGCUCUGUGACAGAUGCACACCCAUUCCAGGCGGCCCCACUAUUUCCUACACCUUCCGCUCAGUGGGCACGUUCAAUAUUAUUGUCACAGCUGAGAAUGAGGUGGGUUCUGCCCAGGACAGCAUCUUCAUCUAUGUUCUGCAGCUCAUUGAGGGGCUUCAGGUGGUGGGGGGCAAUAGUGGCUGGUGCUUCCCUACCAACUACACACUGCAGUUGCAAGCUGCAGUUAGGGAUGGCACCAACAUCUCCUACAGCUGGACAGCCCAGCAGGAUGGCGGCCUCACUCUCUUCGGCAGUGGCAAGAGCUUUUCUCUCACUGCACUCAAAGCUAGCACCUACUAUGUCCAGCUUAGGGCCACUAACAUGUUGGGCAGUGCCUCAACCAACCGUACUAUAGACUUUGUGGAGCCUUUGGAGAGUCUAAUCCUAUCUGCAUCCCCCAAUCCAGCUGCUGUCAACACGAGUCUCACCCUUGGUGCUGAAUUGGCUGGUGGAAGUGGUGUUGUUUACACUUGGUACCUGGAGGAGGGGCUGAGUUGGGCGACCUCCAUGCCAUCCACCACCCAUACCUUCGCUACACCUGGCCUGCACUUGGUCAGAGUCACAGCUGAGAACCAAUUGGGCUCAGUCAAUGCCACAAUUGAAGUGGCCAUACAGGUGCCUGUGGGUGGCCUGAACAUCAGAACCAGUGAGUCAGAUAGCAUCUUUGUGGCAGCUGGCUCCACUGUACCCUUCUGGGGUCAGCUGGCCGAAGGUACCAAUGUGACUUGGUGCUGGACCUUGCCAGGUGGUAGUAAGUACAGCCAGGACAUUGCUGUGCGCUUCCCCACUGCUGGCAACUUCUCUCUGCAGCUUAAUGCUUCCAAUGCAGUCAGUUGGGUCUCAGCCAUGUACAAUCUCACAGUAGAAGAGCCCAUUGUGAGCCUGGUGCUGUGGGCCAGCAACAAGGUAGUGGCGCCUGGGCAGCCAGUCCACUUUCAAAUCUUGCUGGCAGCUGGCUCUGCUGUUACUUUCCAACUUCAGGUUGGUGGGUCUGUCCCUGAAGUGCUCCCUAGUCCCCACUUCUCCCACAGCUUCUUUCGGGUUGGAGACCAUAUGGUGAAUGUGCAGGCCGAGAACCACGUGAGCCGUGCCCAGGCACAGGUUCGCAUCUUAGUGCUGGAGGCUGUUGUUGGGCUGCAGGUACCCAACUGCUGUGAGCCGGGCAUGGCCACAGGCACUGAGAAGAACUUCACAGCCCGGGUGCAGCGGGGUUCCCGUGUUGCCUAUGCCUGGUAUUUCUCCUUGCAAAAGGUUCAAGGUGACUCGUUAGUUAUUUUAUCUGGCCGUGAUGUUACAUACACGCCUGUGGCUGCAGGGUUACUAGAGAUCCACGUGCGUGCCUUCAAUGAACUGGGUGGUGUGAACCUCACGCUCACGGUGGAAGUCCAGGAUAUCAUCCAGUAUGUAACACUUCAAAGUGGCCGCUGCUUUACCAACCGCUCUGCCAGGUUCAAGGCUGCUACAAGCCCCAGUCCCCGGCGUGUAAUCUACCACUGGGACUUUGGGGAUGGGACUCCAAUACAGGAAACAGAAGAAUCCUGGGCUGACCACUACUACCUGCAUCCCGGGGACUACCAUGUAGAGGUGAAUGCUACAAACCUAGUGAGUUUUUUCGUGGCACAGGUCACAGUUACUGUCCAGGUGCUGGCCUGCAGGGAGCCUGAAGUGGAGGUAGCGCUGCCUCUGCAGGUGUUGAUGCGGCGUUCCCAGCGCAACUACCUGGAGGCCCAUGUUGAUCUACGCAACUGUGUCUCCUACCAGACUGAGUAUCGAUGGGAGGUAUAUCGUACUGCCAGCUGCCAACGGCCAGGACGUAUGGCUCAAAUGGUACUACUGCCUGGUGUGGAUGUGAGCCGGCCCCAGCUGGUGGUGCCACGGCUGGCACUGCCUGUGGGCCACUACUGCUUUGUGUUCGUGGUUUCAUUUGGGGACACACCAUUGGCACGGAGCAUCCAGGCCAAUGUGACAGUGGCUGCUGAGCGUCUGGUGCCCAUCAUUGAAGGUGGCUCCUACCGGGUGUGGUCAGACACACAGGACCUGGUGCUGGAUGGGAGCAAGUCCUAUGACCCAAAUCUGGAGGAUGGUGAUCAGACACCGCUCAACUUCCAUUGGGCUUGCGUGGCUUCAACACAGAGUGAGAUAGGUGGCUGCAUGCUGAACUUUGGGCCCCGUGGGAGCAGUGUGGUUACCAUCCCCCUGGAACGCCUAGAAGCUGGUGUAGAAUAUACCUUCAACCUCAUAGUGUGGAAAGCAGGUCGGAAGGAAGAAGCCACCAACCAGACGGUGCUGAUCAGAAGUGGGCGGGUACCCAUUGUGUCCCUUGAGUGUGUGUCCUGCAAGGCACAAGCAGUGUAUGAAGUGAGCCACAGUUCCUACGUGUACUUGGAGGGUCACUGCCACAACUGCAGCAGGGGCUCCAAGCAAGGGCGCUGGGCAGCUCGCACUUUCAGCAAUAAGACUCUGGUGCUGAAUGAGACAACAACAUCCACGGGUAGCACUGGCAUGCAUCUGGUAGUGCGGCCGGGUGCACUGCGUGAUGGGGAGGGCUACGUCUUCACACUCACUGUGCUGGGCCACUCAGGGGAGGAAGAGGGCUGUGCCUCAAUCCGCCUCUCGCCCAACCGUCCCCCACUUGGAGGUUCCUGCCACCUAUUCCCAUUGGAUUCUGUUCGUGGCCUCACCACUAAGGUUCACUUCGAAUGUACAGGUUGGCGUGAUGCAGAAGAUGGUGGAGCCCCACUGGUAUAUGCCCUAUUGCUGAGGCGCUGUCGUCAGAGCUAUUGUGAGAAUUUCUGUAUCUAUAAGGGUAGUCUCUCCACCUAUGGGGCUGUCCUGCCUCCUGGAUUCCAGCCCCUUUUUGUGGUGAGCCUGGCUGUGGUUGUACAAGACCAGCUGGGUGCUGCUAUUGUUGCACUCAACAGGUCUUUGACCAUUGUCCUACCAGAACCCACUGGAAAUCCUGCAGACCUCAUACCCUGGCUCCACAGCCUGACUGCCAGUGUACUGCCUGGGCUCCUGAAGCAGGCUGACCCUCAGCAUGUCAUCGAGUACUCUUUAGCCCUCAUUACUGUGCUCAAUGAGUAUGAGCAGGCCCCAGGUGUGGUGUCAGAGCCCAACCUUGAGCAGCAGCUGCGAGCCCAAAUGCGUAAGAACAUCACAGAGACCCUGAUCUCCCUGCGGGUCAACACUGUCGAUGACAUCCAGCAGAUCACUGCUGCAUUAGCCCAGUGCAUGGUGUCCAGCAGGGAGCUCAUGUGUCGUUCAUGCCUGAAGAAGAUGCUGCAGAAGCUGGAGGGCAUGAUGCGCAUCUUGCAAGCUGAAACCACUGAGGGCACCUUGACACCCACCACCAUUGCUGACAGUAUUCUCAAUAUCACAGGUGACCUCAUCCACCUGGCCAGCUUGGACAUUCAGGGCCCACAGCCCUUGGAGCUAGGGGCAGAGCCGCCCUCCCUGAUGGUGGCAUCCAAGGCCUACAACCUCUCAUCGGCCCUCAUGUGCAUCCUCAUGCGUUCCCGAGUGCUCAAUGAAGAGCCUCUGACUCUUGCAGGCGAGGAGAUUGUGGCCCUGGGCAAGCGCUCAGACCCACUCAGCCUUCUAUGUUAUGGCAAAGCCUUGGGGCCUAGCUGUCACUUCUCCAUUCCUGAGGCCUUCAGUGGGGCCCUGUCGAACCUUAGUGAUGUGGUACAGCUCAUCUUCCUUGUGGAUUCCAACCCCUUUCCCUUUGGCUACAUUAGCAACUACACAGUCUCCACCAAAGUGGCAUCUAUGGCAUUCCAGACGCAGACUGGUACCCAGAUCCCUAUUGAGCAGUUGGCUGCAGAGCGUGCCAUCACAGUGAAGGUGCCAAACAACUCAGACCAGGCUGCCCAGCGCUCCCACAAUCCUGUGGGUUCUACCAUUGUACAGCCUCAGACCUCAGUCAGUGCUGUGGUUACUGCAGACAACAGCAACCCUCAAGCUGGGCUGCAUCUAAGGAUCACUUACACAGUGCUUAACGAGCGCUCUCUGUCUGAGGAGCCUGAGCCCUAUUUGGCUGUGUACUUGGACUCGGUGUCCCAGCCCAAUGAGUACAACUGCUCGGCCAGUAGGAGGAUCAGCCUGGAGGUGCUAGAGGGUGCUGACCACAGGCUCUACACCUUCUUCAUUGCCCCAGGAACUGGGACCUUGGACAGGAGUUACUACCUGAACCUGACCAGCCAUUUCCACUGGUCUGCACUGGAGGUGUCUGUGGGCCUGUAUACAUCCCUGUGCCAGUACUUCAGUGAGGAGAUGAUGAUGUGGAGAACUGAGGGGGUUGUACCCCUGGAAGAGACCUCACCCAGCCAGGCUGUCUGUCUCACCCGCCACCUCACUGCCUUUGGUGCCAGCCUUUUUGUGCCUCCCAGCCAUGUCAAGUUCAUCUUUCCUGAACCAUCUGCAAGUAUUAACUACAUUGUCCUUCUGACAUGUGUCAUAUGCCUGGUGACCUAUGUGGUCAUGGCUAUGAUCCUGCGCAAGCUGGACCAGCUGGAUGUUAGCCGCGUCCGUGUCAUCCCAUUCUGUGGGAAGGGGGGCCGCUUCAAGUAUGAAAUACUUGUUAAGACCGGCUGGAGCCGAGGUUCAGGUACCACGGCUCACGUUGGCAUCAUGUUGUAUGGAGAGGACAACCGUAGUGGUCACCGCCACUUAGAUGGGGACAGAGCCUUUCAUCGAAACAGCCUGGACAUCUUCCAGAUUGCCACCCAGCACAGCCUGGGCAGCGUGUGGAAGAUCCGAGUGUGGCAUGACAACAAAGGGCUCAGCCCUGCCUGGUUCCUGCAGCAUAUCAUCGUCCGGGACUUACAGAGUGCCCGCAGCACCUUCUUUUUGGUCAAUGACUGGCUGUCUGUGGAGACUGAGGCCAACGGGGGCCUAGUGGAGAAGGAGGUGCUUGCAGCAAAUGAAGCUGCCUUGUGGCAGUUCCAGCGGCUCCUAGUGGCCGAACUGCAGAGAGGCUUCUUUGACAAGCACAUCUGGCUCUCCAUAUGGGACAGGCCACCUCGUAGCCGGUUCACUAGAGUCCAGAGGGUUACCUGCUGUGUCCUCCUUCUCUGCCUGUUCCUGGCUGCCAAUGCUGUGUGGUAUGGAGUCGUCGGAGAUACCACCUACAGCAUGGGGCCCGUGUCCAGUCUGAUCUCUCCAAGUGUCGACACAGUCGCUAUUGGCCUUGUGUCCAGUGUGGUAGUCUACCCUGUCUAUUUGGCUGUCCUGUUCCUCUUCCGGAUGUCGCGGAGUAAGGUGUCUGGGGAUCAAAACCCCACACCCACAGGGCAGCAGGCCCUAGAUGUUGACAGCUACCUGGACCCAUCUGUGCUAGACAGCUCCCUCCUCACAUUCUCUGGCCUCACAGAGGCCUUCUCUGGGCAAGUGAAGAAUGACUUGUUUCUGGAAGAUGCUAAAAGCCUGGUGUGCUGGCCAUCCAGUGAGGGCAGUCUUAGUUGGCCAGACCUGCUCAGUGACCCAUCUGUUGUGAGCAGCACAUUGCAGCAAUUGGCCCAGGGCAGGCCUGGCUGCAUGUUGGGCUCAGAGGAGGAUGGUGCCUCUCUGGUUAGCCCUUCCUUGCCUGCCAAAUACUUGUCAGCCUCAGAUGAAGACCUGAUCCAUCAGGUACUGGCUGAUGGGGCCAACAACCUGGUUCCUACCCAGGAUGCCCUCAUAGAAACAGACCUGCUUACUAGCCUGUCUAGUGUUCCUGGAGAGAAAAUGGAAACUCUGAUACUGCAGACAAUGGGGGACAAGAGACCACCCAGCAUGGGCCUGACUUGGGAACAGUCCCCGGUGACAAGGCUUUCCAGGACAGGACUGGUGGAAGGUCUUCGGAAGCGACUGCUACCUGCCUGGUGUGCCCCGCUGGCGCAUGGGCUCAGCCUACUCUUGGUAGCUGUGGCUGUAGCAGUUUCAGGGUGGAUUGGUGCCAGCUUCGCUCCCAGUGUGAGUGUCAUGUGGCUUCUCUCAAGCAGCUCCAGCUUCCUGGCCUCAUUUCUUGGCUGGGAGCCCCUUAAGGUCCUGCUGGAAGCCCUCUACUUCUCACUUGUAGCCAAACGGCUACAUCCUGAUGAAGAUGACACUCUGGUAGAGAGCCCAGCUGUAACACCUGUGAGUGAGCGUGUGCCCCGUGUGCGACCCCCACAUGGUUUUGCACUCUUCUUGGCAAAAGAGGAAGCCCGCAAGGUCAAGAGGCUCCAUGACAUGCUGAAGAGCCUCUUGGUGUACAUGCUUUUCUUACUGGUGACGCUGCUGGCCAACUAUGGGGAUGCUUCUUGCCAUGGUCACGCCUAUCGCCUGCAGAGUGCCAUCAAGCAGGAGCUGGAUAGUCAAGCCUUUCUGGCCAUAACCCGGUCUGAUGAGUUCUGGCCAUGGAUGUCACAUGUACUUUUGCCCUAUGUCCAUGGGAACCAGUCUAGCCCUGAGCUAGGGCCUCCACGGCUACGGCAGGUGCGGCUGCAGGAAGCAUCCUGCCCAGACCCUUCUAGCUCGGAGCACAUGUGUUCAGCUGCAGGAAGCUUGAGCACCAGUGACUAUGGCAUUGGUUGGCAGAGUGUGGUGCAAAAUGGCUCUGAGACAUGGGCCUACUCUGCACCAGACCUGCUGGGAGCCUGGUACUGGGGGUACUGUGCAGUAUAUGACAGUGGGGGCUACAUACAGGAGUUAGGACUGAGUCUGGAAGAGAGCCGUGCACGACUGGGUUUCCUGCAGCUGCACAACUGGCUUGACAGCAGGAGCCGUGCAGUGUUCGUAGAACUCACCCGUUACAGCCCUGCUGUGGGGCUUCAUGCUGCUGUUACACUGCGCCUCGAAUUCCCUGUGGCCGGCCAUGCACUGGCUGCCUUCAGUGUCCGCCCAUUUGCAUUACGGCGACUCAGCACCGGCCUGUCUCUGCCACUGUUCACCUCGGUGUGCUUACUGCUAUUUGCCCUAUACUUUUUCGUGGCCGAGGUGCAUACCUGGCGCAGAGAUGGGUGUGCACGCACAGCAAGGCCUGAUGCCUGGGCACGGUGGCUACUGGUGAUACUGACAGCAGCUACAGGGUUGGUACGCCUGGCCCAGUUGGGCAUUGCUGAUCGCCAGUGGACCCAUUUCGUGCAUGACCAUCCACACCACUUCACUAGCUUCGACCAAGUUGCUCAGCUGGGCUCUGUGGCCCAAGGACUGGCAGCUUCACUACUCUUCCUGCUUCUGGUCAAGGCUGCCCAGCAGCUGCGGUUUGUGCGCCAGUGGUCUGUUUUUGGCAAGACAUUGUGUCGGGCCCUGCCAGAGCUCAUGGGAGCCACAUUGGGCCUGGUGCUGCUUGGCGUGGCCUAUGCACAAAUGGCCAUCCUGCUUAUUUCCUCUGGUGCUGAUACUCUCUACAACAUGGCCCGAGCCUUCCUGGUGCUGUGCCCUGGGGCAAGGGUCCCCACUCUGUGCCCUUCUGAGUCCUGGUACCUGACCCCUCUGCUGUGUGUGGGGCUCUGGGCUCUGCGAGUGUGGGGUGCCCUGAGGUUAGGGGCUGUCCUCCUGCGUUGGCGGUACCAUGCCUUGCGUGGGGAGCUCUACCGCCCAGCAUGGGAGCCCCAGGACUAUGAGAUGGUGGAGCUUUUCCUGCGUAGGCUUCGGCUCUGGAUGGGCUUCAGCAAAGUCAAGGAGUUCCGCCACAAAGUCCGCUUUGAAGGAAUGGAUCCACUGCCUUCCCGCUCAUCCAGGGGCUCCAAGUCAUCCCCAGUAGUGCCUCCACCCAGCGCAGGCUCAGAAGCCUCACAUCCCUCCACCUCAUCCAGCCAGCCAGAUGGGCUGAAUGCUGGCUUAAGUCGCUCAGCACUGAGACUGGAACCAGAGCCCUCACGCCUACAUGCUGUGUUUGAAAGCCUGCUUGUCCAAUUUGACCGACUCAACCAGGCCACAGAGGACGUCUACCAGCUGGAGCAACAACUCCAGAGCCUUCGAGGCCACGGGCACAGCGGACCUCCUUCCUCUCCACCCCUUGGCUGCUUCCCAGGCUCUCAGCCAGCUUUGCCCAGCCACCUUUCUCGGACCAGUCAGGGGCUAGAUCAGACUAUAGGUCCCAGCAGGGUGUCUCUGUGGCCGAAUAACAAAGUCCACCCGAGCAGCACUUAGGCCCUAGGGGUCUUGGCCAUUCCCUUCCUUGGGAAUGCCUGGAGCUUCACACUGGACUCUCAGAGCCAGCGUGGGCACUACUCAGUAUUACCUUCUGCUGCCCUCUAGGUUGGGCCAGGCAGCAUGGCUGCAUGCCAGUUCUUUUGGGUACAGGUAUUGCUGCCUUCCUUACCUGUCCACUUAUGGGGCUUCAGCACUUUAAAAAGGCUGUGUGGUCAGCCAGGACCCAGGGUCCCCUCCCCACAGGAGGACACAGCAGUAUUGGACCAAGUGAGUACCCAGCCUCCAAGAUGCUAACUUAUUUCCCCCGAGUCCUCAGGUUCAGCGGGCUGUGCCCAGCUCUACCCCUAGGUGGCCAUCUCCUCUUGCUAAAAAUCUAAGCUGGAGGCAGGGCUAAGCUAUACUUCUCCUUUAUCCGUCCCCUAAGUUAUUACCUCUCUUGUUUCUGCAGCAUACUUGCCCUCUAGCUACCAUCCGCUUUCUAUGUCCACCAUCAAUAAUUUAUAUGGGGUUAAAAUGUAUAUAUUUUUGUAUGUCAGUAUUUUCUACUUGGGCUGAAAAUGGGUCCACUGUUACCCAGGGUAGGGGUGCAGGGGAAGCUGCAGCUAUUAUUGGAUCCGAGUCUGGCCUUGGGCAGGUGCUGGACAGCAAUUGGGGCCACCAUGGCCUGGUUUUCUUCCCUUAUCUGGGGGCCAGGCAGCACGCAGGUCUGCUGGUUUCAGAUCUGAGCGAGGGCAGGACUACUAUGGGAUGAAAGAUGCCAAGAAGUUAUUGGACAAGCCCACCAACGGGGCUGGCCCCAUGGCGGGGGAAGAGACUGCAUGUGAUGGCACCUGCCUGCUUCUGUGGGCUCAGCUGCAGCUCUAGCCUGGACUCUGCCCCAACCCCAAACAGACAAAGUCAAAUAAAGAAGCUGUCUGACUGCU